UUCACACACACACACACACAGACAUGAAACCGUUUUUGAUAACAUCUUUGCUAUUAGCAGUCGCCACUUUGGGAUCAUGUGGCGAGGCUAAGUCAAAAACGGUGAACAAAAACGAAAAACGAGGAAUACUGUCUAGCGACAUUGGUAGCGGUUACGGGGGAGGCAGCAGCUAUGGAGGCAGUAGUUAUGGAGGCAGCAGCUAUGGAGGCAGCAGCUAUGGAGGCAGCAGCUAUGGAGGCAGCAGUAUAUCCCUAGGAGGCGGCCACGGAGGCGGUAUCAGUCUCGGUGGUGGACUAGGAAGUGGACUAGGAGGUGGAUUAGGAGGUGGCCAUGGAGGCGGCCUCGGCGGCGGACUCGGUGGUGGAUACGGAGGCGGUCUAGGCGGCGGUCUCGGUGGUGGAUACGGAGGCGGCCUAGGCGGCGGAUACGGAGGCGGCAUCGGCGGAGGAUUAGGAGGCGGCAUUGGAGGUGGAUUUGGAGGCGGCAUCGGUGGUGGCAUUGGAGGAGGUUUUGGAGGUGGUGCAGGAGGCGGCGGCGGUGGUGGAGCUACCGUCACUACCAUCAGCCAAACCGUUCCAGUUCCAGUACCACAGCCUUAUCCUGUUACUGUUGAAAGACGUGUUCCCGUUCCUGUUCCUCAGCCUGUUGCCGUUCCCGUACCAAGACCAGUUCAGGUUGCAGUUCCAGUCGCCCAGCCAGUAGAAGUACCCAGACCAUACCCAGUAGUCGUUAACCGACCAGUUCCUGUACCAGUCCCAACUGCCGUUCGUGUACCUUACCCUCAACCUGUCGGCAUACCAGUUCCUCAACCCUACCCAGUCACUGUCCCACAACCUGUCCCAGUUAGAGUACCACAAACCGUCGUAGUACCCGUUGCCCAACCCGUCUUCGUCGGCGGAGGCGGCGGUGGUGCUGGAGGUGGCGCCGGAGGUGGUCUAGGAGGUGGUUUCGGAGGAGGUCUUGGCGGUGGUCUUGGAGGUGGUCUAGGAGGUGGUCUAGGAGGUGGUCUAGGAGGUGGCCUAGGAGGUGGCCUAGGAGGUGGUCUAGGAGGUGGACUCGGUGGAGGUCAUGGCGGUGGCUUAGGAGGUGGAUUAAGCGGUGGAUAUGGAGGAGGAUACGGCGGCGGAUAUGGCGGCGGAUAUAGCGGUGGAUAUAGUGGCUCCCUUGGUGGUGGCAUUGGGGGAGGUCAUGGAGGUUCCAUCUCUCUAGGUUCCGGAGGCGGCCAUGGUGGUGCUACCAGUUACUCCAGCAUUUCCAUCGGUGGAGGUGGAGGCGGCUACUCCAAAUACUAAGAUACUCAUGUAUAAGACUAAAGUCAUGCUCAUUUCUAUCAUCUCAUCUUCAAAUUCUUCCCAUGUUCGAUCGUUACCAAUGUGAUAACAGUAUUUUAUGUUACUUAAGGAGGUUGUCUCAGCCAUUUGUGUACAUACUUUAACAUCCCUUAAUAAAUGAAGUAUUUUA